AUGAGAUUAGACAUGUUUUCUGCCGUGCGUAUCAAAAGUUCAACGAAUACAAUAUUCGAAAGAAUUUUACCUCCCGCACACCCAAUACACUGUCCAAACAGUAAAUCAUAUUUUACGUUUUAUUCAUUUAUUGUCUGUAUUUAAAUAAUUUUGUAACACGAAUUUAUAUGGUUUUUAGGAAAUUUACCACAAUUGUACAUGGUGGAAAAUAAUAUUAUAAAUAGGGCAUCGGAAGAAUUUAUGAAACCAGACAAAAAAAAGCGGAAUUUAUUAUUUCAAGCAUUUUUUAAAUAUUUCGUUCUUCAGUAUUUAAACGAUGAUUUCAAUAUGACUGUAAAUACAUUAAUUGUUUUUGAUAAAUAUAAUAUAAUAUAAACACCUUAUGUUAAUCAUCAACUAAAAUUUGCGUACAGAUCACUGCUUCUCAGCUAUAUGGGUCUAAUAAAGCUACUAAACAAGACCUCAGAAGCUUUAAUAAUGGGAAAAUGAAAAUUCAAAGCAUAAACGGUGAGCAGUUUCCGCCGUAUUUGAAAUCUGCUCGCCAGGUUAAAAUGCUUUAUCCUCCCAUCAAACUAAAAUUACAACGUAAUUGGGUAAGAAUGAAAAAUUAAAUCAUUUUUUGAAUGUUCAUUAAUCAAAAAUAAAAAAAUACUGGUUUGAAAAGUUUGACAGAAUAGUUCUUCAACAUUCUUACAACACCCAUAACACCAAAUGGGCCAUGGGUCAUCCGAUGUUGAGCAUGGACCCGAUGUUGUUCGUAAUGUCAACGCUUUGGAUUCGUGAACAUAAUCGCGUGUGUGAUUUAUUGAAACGCAAAUGGUCGACGUGGACAGACGACCAAAUUUUUAAUACGGCCAAGUCAAUAGUUAUUGGCGAGAUGAUGAAGAUAAUGAUGAGUGACAUUAUUAACGUGGAUACGGGACAUUCGUUUAAGUUUGAUCUCAAACCCGAAAUUUUCCACGAUCAACUUAAAAAUAUCACAUGUUCAAAUACACCGUUCGAAUUUCUUCUAACAAGCAUGUGGCCGUCAAGUUUACCAGAGAAGUUCAACAACGUUUCGAUAAGCACAAUGCUGUUUAGCGACAAUAGGUCAGUUUUAAUUAAAGUUUAAGUAGUAUAAAAAAAAGUUUCCAUAGACACAAUGCCGUUGAACAGUUGGUGUGUAGCGUUUGAUCAUAUCGUCAAGCAACCGUAUUUUACUUAAUACUUUAUAAAUUUGUUUAAGUCCUUCGAUAUGCAUUAUUAAUUUUAAAAGAUAACUGUGAAUGCACCACUUGUCAGUGGUACAUUUAAGACUAUUUUUUGAUUAAUGAGGGGGGGGAGGAGAGGCGUGAAUUAACACAAUUCAGGAAACUUGGUGAUUUAGAUUUGGUAAAGCUCAUUCAAUGGUGGAUUUUAGUGGGUGCGAUUUAGCGAUCACCACUCAUCCUAAGAUUAAUUUUUACUAUAAAAAAAAACUUUUUUAACUUAGGUGUACAUUUUUAGUAUUGCUUUAAUACUUGUUAUUCCUAUUCUUUUAGUUUAUCUGUCAUCUAUACAUGUGUGCUCUAUAGCAUCUAAACCAAUGUUUUCCAAUCAUUUUUUAUACAAUGUGACCAUUCAGAAAACUUUCGAUUGGUCGUAAAAUAUCUGUAUUAAUCUGUAUUAGCUGGUUGUCAUUUUGACUGCGUAUAACGGGGGAAACAAUAUCAAAUAAAUUCGUCACACACCUUUAUUUUUUUAUUUUGUAGGAGGGGGAAUAUUUUGACGUUCUCGGUUUCCCUGUGACGGGCCCACGGACUACUGGUUGGAAACCAAUUGUCUAAAAGAAAGUGAAUUUUUGAGCUAGAUCACUAUAGAGUAUAAAGAGUGUGGCGAAAUUAUGUUUAGAGAAAAACUCAAAUUUCGUGUCAAAAUAAAAUAAAAUACCUAAUAAAAACUAAAUAAUAUGAUUGCUCACUUAAUCAAGAUUAUGGCACGGUAACACAGGAGAUCGUAUUCAUUCGGAAAAUAAAUGGGUGGAGUGUAUAAGUUCUGAAAAUUAUUCACCCGGAAUAUAAAAAGUAAAAAUAGUAGUUGCCUGGACCGGUCAUGGCAUGCCGCUACAAAUGGUAUGGUACCAUAGAAAACCUCCCGUAUUCUGCCCAUAAAUACAUUACUGAUACUUUCAUACAUAUAUUUUGUUUCGUUGUUCAAAUACCGAACAUUAUAAACUAUUUAAUUAUCGUCGGAAAUUUUAAAUUUGCACGAAUAAAUAUUAUAUUACACUAUAUUUCAUUAAGUUUAUUUUUUUAAAGACAAGUAUUGGUGAACGGUUUGAGCAAAACAGUGCAACUUAUGAUCAAAGAAAAAUUAGGAAUGUUGACGUAUAAUAAUUACGGCAAUUCGACGGAACCGUUAACGAGUGUCCUAUUGACCAUGUCGAGGGCACAAGCUACACAAAGUUUCAACAACUACCGGAGACAGUUUGGAUUAAAUGCAUAUGCAAACUUUUAUAAGUUGACUAAAAACAGGAAUGUAGCUAAAAAAUUGCAAAAUCUGUAUAAACAUGUUGAAGACGUCGAAUUGAUAACUGGAAUGUUAACUGAAAAAAGGGUUAACGGAGUUAUACCCACUGCUACUAUCAUGACAAACAGUUUCAUUGUUAAUUCUAUUUUGACAAAUUCCAUUACCAGUAAAGAUUUAUGGAAAGCAGAAACAUUUGGCGGUGACGAGGGUUUCGAUAUUGUUAAAAAUGCAAAUAUCGAAACAUUUAUCUGUAACAAUUUGGGAGACAAUUGUAAUGAUUUUAAAGUAUCGUUAUACGCAAAGUAA